ACACACUCUGUGUUUAUUACGCGCCUAGAAGUGGCACAUGGAAGCGAUACAGUGAAAUCCCUGACUGAUCCCUUGAAAUAUGGCGAAACCUACUGGCACUGACAGCACACGGAACGUCCGGGAAUUUUUGGGAAUUCUGCUUUUCAUUACGAUGAAGAGUAGAUGAGUUGUCACAUAUUCUGUACGUGUAUCUGAGGUUGUUUCAACUAGUUUCAUCACAUGGUUCUUCUGCUGCCACACGCGCGCCUGUAAAUGCGGCAGCGCUGGCGACUCCCGUCUGAUCCGACUCUCACAGCUGGAUUUUAUCGGCUGUUUAGGAGGAACUCUAGAGCGAACUGAAGACAGGUCAGGGCAGCAGAGACUGGGAUGGAAGAGCUGUCAAGCCCUAAAAGACGCCAGUAAGCGGGUAGAUUCAGAAUUAGACGCGAUGGCAGCGUCCAGCAACUCCAGUCUGUCGGGUUCCUCCGUCUCUUCGGAUCCUGAAGAUUAUCAGCCACCGAUAUGGAAAUCCUACUUGUACCAGCUACAGCAGGAAGCACCAAGACCAAAGAGGAUCACAUGUCCUCAGGAGAUGGAAAGCAGACCCAAAUACUAUGGAAGAGAGUUCCAUGGUCUGAUUUCCAGAGAGCGUGCAGAUGAACUGCUUGCUGGGACAGAAGGUGCUUACCUCAUCAGAGAGAGUCAGAGACAACCAGGAACAUAUACACUUGCUUUGAGAUUUGGUGGUCAGACUUUGAACUACAGACUCUUCUAUGAUGGAAGGCACUUUGUGGGAGAGAAACAUUUUGAGUCAGUUCAUGAUCUGGUUACAGAUGGCCUUAUUACUCUCUAUAUUGAGACAAAGGCAGCAGAAUACAUCGCCAAGAUGACCACAAACCCCAUCUACCAGCAUCUGGGCUACACCUCUUUCCUGAGGGACAAAAUCACUCACAGACUCAACCGGACCCGCUCUGAGGCCAAAAAAGUUACUUUCAAGCAGGAUGAAAAGAUCAGCUCGUCACCACUGAGCAGACGGGCCACAAUCAGGGACGGACCGGAGAAACACUGCAACUAUGAGAAGAUCCACAACUUUAAGGUGCACACCUUCAGAGGGCCACACUGGUGUGAAUACUGUGCAAACUUCAUGUGGGGUCUUAUCGCCCAGGGCGUCCGUUGCUCAGACUGCGGGCUGAACGUGCACAAACAGUGCUCCAAUCUAGUGCCCAGCGACUGUCAGCCGGACCUCCGCAGAAUCAAGAAGGUCUUCAGCUGCGAUCUCACCACACUGGUCAAAGCCCACAACACGCCAAGGCCGAUGGUUCUGGACAUGUGUAUCAAAGAGAUCGAGCACAGAGGUUUGAAAUCAGAGGGUCUCUACAGAGUGUCAGGCUUCACAGAACACAUUGAAGAUGUCCGGCUGGCCUUCGAUAGAGAUGGUGAGAAAGCAGACAUCAGUGCCAACAUGUACCCAGACAUCAAUAUAAUUGCCGGAGCUCUGAAGCUUUAUUUGCGAGAUCUGCCCAUUUCAGUUAUCACAUAUGACGUCUACUCCAAAUUCAUACAAGCAGCCAAAAUAAUAGACCCUGAUUCUAGACUGGAGGCAGUUCAUGAUGGUCUUCUCCAACUUCCUCCUGCCCAUUUUGAGACCCUGCGGUAUCUGAUGACACACCUGAAGAGGGUCACCAUGUACGAGAAGGACAAUUACAUGAACUCAGAGAACCUAGGAAUCGUUUUUGGCCCGACGCUCAUGCGGCCUCCGGACCAGAACACGCUCGCCACUCUCAACGAUAUGAGAUACCAGAAACUGAUAGUCCAGCUCCUGAUAGAGCAUGAGGACAUCUUGUUUUAAACAGCUGAAAUGAAGACAUCUUUUAAAGACGUUAAAGAGCGUGUACAUAAACAUUUGUGCUGAAUACAGAGUUCAUUAUUAUUGAUGGGCAUUUUGUUUAAAGGAAUAGUUCACACAAAAAUUAAAGUUUGCAGAAAAUUUGGAUGUAGAUGAGAUCAGAAAAGAUUUGGAGAAAUGUAGCAUUGCAUCACUUGCUCACUGAUGGAUCCUUUGCAGUGAAUGGGUGCCGUCAUAUUCAGAGUCUAAACUGCUGAUAAAAACAUCACAAUAUUCCACAAGUAAUCCACAUGACUCCAGUCCAUCAAUUAAGAGAAAAGCUCUUAACAAGAUGUUAAUUGAUGAUGUUUAUUGAUAAAAUGGAGUUGUGUGGAUUGCUGUGAUGUUUUUAUCAGUUGUUUGGACUCUCAUUCUGACGGCACCCAUUCACUGCAGAGCAUCCAUUGGUGAUUAAGUGAUGUAAUGCUAAAAUUCCCCAAAUCUGUUCUGAUGAAGAAACAAACUCAUCUUAAUCUUGGAUGGCUUAGAGGGUGAUUCAAUUUUAAGCUAAUUAUCAUUUUUUUGGGUGGAUUCCUUUAAAUCACAGUACCUUUUUUCUCUGAUGUGAGAUAACUAUGGUGCAUUGACCUUGAUGCUCUACAGGAUAAACUCUGUGAACCUAUGGUCAAUUAGCAUUGCAAAACUGACAUAUUGUCAAGUAUGAUUAAAUGUGAGUGUGUGUGUGUGUGCGUGUGUGUAUAUAUAUAUAUAUAUAUAUACACACACAUACAUAAGGUUGGUGGAUGGCAAGGCAAUUAAGAUCAUGUUCAAAGCACUUUUUAGUUUUACAUGGAGUGUAAAUAUUUUUAUUUUGUUUUUGUUCACUAAUGCUGUAUUUACCCAUGCCUCCUUCAAAUUAUAUUUUUUUCGCCCUGACAACAAUUAAGUAAUCUCUGACAUCACCUUGUGAAUGGACAAAAUGGUUCUGUGGUCUUUUAAUUAGUGCUUGUUCCUCCCUCCUUGGACUUGAUCCGAUUUCAUGAUCCAUUGUUGCUAAACAAAAUUGUCUGUAUUGUGUUUAUCUUGGACUCCUGAGGUGAAUUCAGCCAUUCACCUAAAAAAAAAAUUAUAAUAAUCCACAAAUUGUACCGUCACCUUGGUUUGAGUUUAUUGAUAAAAUAUCUUUCUCCGAUUUUCUUUUUUAAGCUAUUUCUUUGAAAAAAUAUUGUAAUUAUGAUUGUAAUUUAUCAAAUGCUGAUUUAUUAAAUUAUGUAAAUCUGGUUACUUUUAAA